AUGGGAUCCAUCGUUUUGAAGAGUUUGUCUGUUCUACUGGGCGUUUUCUUUAUAUUUGUUGGCAUAACUAAAUUAACGCCAUUUAUUUCUAAAGAAUUGCAUAAAGAUUUGAGGAAAGAAUAUGUGAAGUACGCCAAAGUGUUUCCAUUAUCGGGGAUGUUGGAUUUCAAAGUUCCAUCAAAGUGGUAUCGGAGGACGGUGGGCGGGCUUGAAAUUUUAUUUGGGCUGGCACUUGCUACUAUACCCAGCCAUAAAGUGAAGAACACAGCAAACAUCGGUCUAGUAUUACUGAUGAUUCUCGCUACGUACUCGCAUCUGAUGGUGGGGGACCCCUUCGACCGCUGCGCGCCGGCGCUCGUUUUCUUCUUUAUGCUAACUGGGAGACUCGUGGUCUGGUACCAGACCAUCCGCCGCGAGGAGCUCGAGAAGGCCGCCGCCAUGCAGAACGGCAACGGGUUGAAGAGAGAC